CAUUACAAAUUGAAAGCAGACGAAAAGAGAUUUUUCGCUCAUUUGCCACCUAACUUCCCAGAAGCAGAGUUUGAACGAGCCAAACGAGUUUAUGCCGGAAUUUUGACCGCAAAUCAUCCGGAAAGCGUUGAGAAAUAUCUAACGCCCGGAGACAAAAACCAGCCCGAAGCCGGAAAAGUUAUUCAUAAAAUGUUUGAUUUAGCAACCGCUCCCGGAAAAAAUUACUUUCAAGAAGGUGAAGAAAGCAAAAGAGAAAAGAUCAGUGAAUUAGAAAGAAUUAAUAAUUAUAUUCUAGCUAUUAAUUCUAACGCAAAGUUACGUUAUCAGGAGGAAAAAAUCAUCGCUAAUGUGAAAAAAAAAAAAGCAGCUUUUUUGAAUGAAAAAAAAAUUGCGGAAGAAAUAAUUCCUCAAUACCAAGAAAAUCCUAGUGAAGAAAACAAAAAGAAAAUUCCUAUAGUUGCUGAGACUGUCAACAUCCCAGGAGCCGAGCACACGACACAAGCCCUCCGGGAAAAUACCGGAAAAGGAAAAUUUUUUGAAAACUUGAUGGAGGAACUAGACAAUGAACAUUUUUGUUAUUUGCGACCAGAUAAAGUUACGGGAAAAAGAAAUUUACCUAAGGAUCGCACUAAGUUAGUGGAAGAAGUUUUUCCUAAGGAUAGACUAGAAGAAAAUCCGCU